GUCGAUUUAUUUUGUCCUCACCUUCUGGUUUUUCAGGACUUAUGACUUAUAAAUAAUAAAUAACAGGCAUACCUUUCCUCCUUUCAGCUACCGUACCGGCACCACCUUCCCCUCCUGGCUCUGGUUCAAGUCUUUCCUGCGUCCACAUAAGAUUCCUGUGGGCUCCUGUGAGCUGUUCCUGCAUCCAUACUCAAGUCGAGUCCUGAAGAGGCCUACCGUAUGUCAUACAUCAUGUACGAUCGAGAAGAGGUUGAGCUUGUUUGCUUCAUUGGACCAGAUCUAGCUAGCUAGCUACCAGCUAGCUAGCUACCAGCUAGCUCUUCGUUGCUCGAAGCCUCUCCGGAAGCUGGCACUUACUUACUUGCUCUGACCUUGCAACUAACUAAAACGUCGAUGGGGAAUGCAUGAAACAAAUGGCCUUCUAAUUGGAUGCUCUAACCUUCUCUCACCUCAGCGAUCAACUUUUUCAGAACUUCUACAAGUAGUGAGUCUACAACCACACCAACUAUCCAGAGCAUUCCAUCCAAAGUUAAUAUCCCAUUCAAAGAAGAAGAAGAAGAAGACAAGAUGAGCAGCAUCUUUGACGAUGAAGAAGAAGAGCACUCUCAUCAGUCUCUGAUUGAGAGACAAUCGUCUGUGGGAGGAGGCUCCGAUAAAGGAGAGGAUAAUACCCCCACCAACCCGAGCAAUGGGUCGGGUGCAGCCUCGGAUGGCGCAUCCCGAAGCAUAUACAGGACCAAGCUCUACAUGGCUCUGGUGUUGACGGUCUUGGCAACGGUGAUUGCCAUUCUUACCCACAGAUAUGCGAGUAGUUUGGAUAAGAGCAAGUUCGAACAGCAGUUCCAGGAUGAUGCCCAAGAGAUUAUCAAGAUUUCUCAGAACAACGCCUUCAAGGCAUUUAGCACUCUGGAAGACUUUAGCCGCACCAUUACUUCUCUUGGCAACUUUAAGGCAGGCAACGAGAGCUUUCCUCUACUGACAAUCCCAGACUUUGAAAUCCGAGCCAAGUACUUUCAGGAGAUGACUGGAUCGUCUUGGAUGACUUUUAUCCCCUUGGUCGACGAGGAAACACGUUCUGCCUAUGAGAACUACACUCUGGAGAACCAAGGUUGGGUGCAAAAGGUCUACGAAGCUUCCUCCAACCUCACUAUAAACAUGCCACAUCCAGUGCCGGGGUCCAUCUGGCGGUUCCUUCCCAAUAAUGAUCCCGAAACCAGUGAAGUAGCUCCUUUUGUCAUUGCCCCUGACCUGUACAAUAUGCCGCCACCAGGGGAGAGCCUGCAUCCCUACUAUCCUCUCUGGCAGACGUAUCCAGCCUACGAAGCAGUGGGCAUUCCCAUGAGCACUUGGGUUGGUUUCAAUCUGAUCAGUCUUCCAGAUUAUGUUGUACCCAUUUCCAGCACCACACAGAACCGACAUCCCAUUAUGGAGGCAAUGCUCUUUGAAUCCAUCUUUACUGUCACCCCGGAGGGUCAAGUGCCCACGCCUGAAAGCAUUGUAUUCCAGCCCAUCUUUGAGCGCAACAAUGACCCAACGGCCGACAUUGUGGGCUUUCUCAUGGUGUAUCUACCGUGGGAUGCUUUUUUUCAAAAUAUCCUGUCCGACAGUGGUUACAAUUUGAUUGUAGAGGUCGAGAACACUUGUGAUCAGACAGCAUCAUUCCUUCUGGAAGGAUCCAAGGUCACAACCCUCCCUCGAGCAGUCGAGGCGGAACAACCAGGAAACGAGACUGAGAGUUCUUCAGCGGAUGAUCAAGACGAAUCGUCAAGUGACGAGGAACAUGAUGACCAUCACGAAAACGUCCCGUACAUUGAUGGUCGCUAUGUGGUCAAGUCCGAGUUCGCAGAGUUCACCCGAUGCAGUGGAAACUAUUGUGACAGCGCUUGCGACUUUCAAAUCCACAUCUUCCCUCAUCAGAACAUGGAAGGUGUCUUUCAGUCGUCUACCCCGGUGUUCUUGACCAUUGCGGUCGUGGUUCUGUUUGCGUUCACCUCCGUGGUUCUAUUCCUCUACGACUACUUGAUUCAGCGCCGAAAUGGCAAGGUUAUUGACACGGCCAAGAAGAACAAUGCCAUCGUCGCCAGGUUGUUUCCAUCGCAAGUCCAUGAUCGGCUCAUGAAUCAGGCAGAGAUGGGUGGAGCAAGUGCGGCGCGCAAACGAACGUCUGGGAGCGUCAUGGCGGUCAUUCCUUCCGGAGCCAGGUUCAAGCUCCAUUCCUUCUUGACGACAAGCAGCAGCAACGGUCCCUCGGAUGAUCGACCAGGCCAUCCACAGGGCGAUAGUUUGGCUGACUUUUUUCCAGAGUGUACCGUCAUGUUCGGUGACAUUAAAGGGUUCACAGCUUGGAGCUCUGUUCGUGAUCCCGUGCAAGUUUUCACAUUACUGGAAACCAUUUACGGAGCUUUCGACAAGCUCUGCAAGAAAAGAAAGAUUCUGAAGGUCGAGAGUGUCAAGGACUCGUAUUUGGCAGUUUGCGGAGUUCCAACCCCACGAGAGGAUCAUGCUGUCGCCUUGUGUCGCUUCGCGUCCGACUGUAACGACCAGAUGAACCGACUGGUUCAAUAUUUGGAGAAGAUGUUGGGACCCGACACUUCAGCACUGUCGAUGCGCUUUGGUGUCCAUAGCGGAGCCGUCACGGCUGGUGUUUUGAGGGGAGUUCAAAAGGCUCGCUUCCAGUUGUUUGGCGACACAGUGAACACGGCUGCUCGGAUGGAGUCGACUGGAGAAGCACGUCGAGUUCAUGCCAGUGAAGCAACAGCGCAGCUUCUUCGACAGCGUGGAAAGGGCCAUUGGCUCGCGCCGAGAGAAUCGGCUGUGGAGGCCAAAGGCAAGGGCCGCCUCCAGACGUACUGGGUGACCCCCAAAGCAACCGAUGCGAGCUCGACCGCAUCAGGCAGGACUAGCGACGCAUCAUCCUGGGGUUUUGAUCAACACCUCCAUUCAUCCACCUCCACUAGUGCCAAGUCAAGGCUCAAUGGGAAGCUCCAACGCAUCGUGGAAUGGAACACUGAAUUGCUCCUAAGGUUGCUGAAGCAGGUUGUAGCCCGCAGAAACGCCACAACCUUUCCAGGAAAGGGUUCGGGACCGGCUAGGGGUAUCAAAAGGCUCCCUGGUGCAAACGUUAUAGACGAAAUGACUGAAGCUGUCAGGCUUCCCAGGUACAAGGCCAGCAAGGCACCCGUGAACGCCAAUGCCAUUGAACUACCGCUCGAGGUCGAGCAGCAACUGGAAGAUUACGUUGCCACCGUUGCAUCGAUGUACCACGCAAACCACUUUCACUGUUACGAACAUGCUUCACAUGUCACCAUGAGUGUCUCAAAGAUGAUGUCUCGAAUCGUUGCUCCAGAGAUUGAAACAGCUGUUUCAGAAGAUAUGGAGGCCAACGAAUAUGAAGCCAAGCUCCAUGAUCACACAUAUGGCUUGACAUCUGACCCAAUAACGCAGUUUGCCAUUGUACUGUCAGCACUGAUCCAUGAUGUCGAUCACCCGGGUGUGCCCAAUGCAACCCUGGUAAAAGAAGGCACCGAGGAAGCAGUCAAGUACAAAAACAAGAGUGUGGCAGAGCAGCAUAGUGUGGAUCUAGCGUGGGAUCUCUUGAUGAGUGACAAGUACAAAAAAUUGUGUGGUUGCAUCUACAAAACACAGGCAGAAUUGGAACGCCUCCGCCAGUGGGUGGUAACUGCUGUGAUGAGUACCGACAUUGUCGACAAAGACUUGAAAAAACUCCGCAACGCCCGAUGGGACCGUGCCUUCAGCGACGAGACAACCACCCGAGCUACUUCCACAUUGGACCGCAACAUCAAGGCAACCAUUGUUGUGGAGCACAUCAUCCAAGCCUCCGAUGUUUCGCACACAAUGCAACACUGGCAUGUUUACUUGAAAUGGAAUGAGCGGCUGUUCCAGGAGAUGUAUCAAGCGUACAAGGAAGGGAGAUCGGAUACGGAUCCUUCCACAUUUUGGUACCAAGGUGAACUUGGAUUCUUUGACUACUACAUCAUUCCAUUGGCCAAGAAACUAAAGGAAUGUGGAGUCUUUGGUGUUUCCAGUGAUGAGUAUUUGGACUAUGCUCUGGCCAACAGGAGAGAAUGGGAAGCCCGGGGCCAGGAUGUUGUCAAGCGAUACGUGCACACCCACGCGGAUGCCGACGCCGACGAGACAACGACGCCCAAUAGAAGAGCAUCACUUGAUGGGACGGAGGAUGAUGGUGUGGAGUGCUGAUGAUGAGAGAGAUGACUGUUGAAUCAUGUUAUUAGUAAAGACAAUGAUGAUAAAUCUAGCUAGGGUGCUUCCUGCCC